CACACACACAGUCUUUAUGGGACAGUGAGCCUCUGGCCCUGCAGUCGGAAGGGGAUGUUGUGAUUGGAGGGUUCUUCCCUCUGCACUAUGUUGCCCCUAAGCUACAGCACAGCUACCACAGCAAACCUCAGCUCACACCUUGCAGCAGCUUUGAUCACAGAGCCUUCCGCUGGAUGAUGACCAUGGUGUUUGCAGUGGAGGAAAUUAACCGUAAUUCAAGCCUGUUACCAGGUGUUAAACUAGGCUACCGGAUCAUGGACAGCUGUGACCAUGUCCACACCGGCCUGCAAGCUCUUUUUGCUUUAGUCAGUCACUCCAAAGCUGUGAUGAGUGAGGUGAAACAAAUGGAGGAAACUGAAAAUAGAUUAAAUAUGCCGAAGGACAGGGGUACUAGAAUGGAGAGGGUGACCACAGUAGAAAAAACAAGAAAGAAAAAGAUCCUGACCACGGUGAAAAAGACAGGCACUGAAAUUAGUACAGCGAUGACUCACAGUCUUGAAAAUAAUGGAAAAACAAAAGAAAAUGUAACAGAGGAGAGAAUGGAUAGUACACAAUAUGAAACUUUGCCCUCAUGUCUUGCUGAUUCUCCUGUGCCUGCUGUGAUUGGCCUUGCAUCCUCUUCCCCUACAAGAGCUGUAGCUCAAACUCUUGGUCCUUUCAACAUCCCACUGGUGAGUUAUUUUGCCACUUGUACCUGUCUUACGGACAAGCAUAUGUACCCGUCGUUCUUGCGGACUGUGCCGAGUGAUCUCUUUCAAGUUAGAGGUCUUGUUCAGCUGGUCACCUUCUUAGACUGGCUCUGGGUGGGCACAAUAGGGACCACUGAUGACUACAGUCACUAUGGCGUCCAAGCAUUCUCUAAUCAGUUUAGACAACAAGGUGGGUGUCUGGCAUUUCAUCUGACUAUCCCCGAAUCACCCACAGCGGCUGAAAUACAAGAAAUGGCAGACAGGCUGCAGAGUUCAACUGCACAUGUAGUUGUGGUCUUUGCCUCAGAGGGACAGCUGCUGGGUCUUUUCUUAGAGCUGACUCAGAGAAAUGUUACAGGGAUCCAGUGGGUAGCUAGUGAAUCCUGGGUGGCUGCUAGGCUGCUGACCUCACCCCACCUCCACCCUCUCCUAGAGGGCACGCUGGGCUUCUCCUUUCCUGGAGUCAGGAUCCCCGGCUUGAAAGAGUUUCUGUUGAAUGUCCGUCCCUCUCCCAAACCUGGGAUGGAAUUUGUCAACAUGUUCUGGGAAGAGCUGUUUGGCUGUAGGCUAGAGUUUAGAGGAGAAAAGGGGGCUGAUGAUAAGCCUGUAUGCACAGGUUCAGAGGAUCUGAGGUAUACUGACAGCAGUUAUACUGAUGUAUCUCAGGUCAGAAUAUCCUAUAAUGUGUAUAAAGCUGUAUACGCCAUCGCCCAUGCUCUGCACACUUUAUUGAACUGUGAUUCUGCCGGACAAAACAAAGGGAUGUGUGAGAGACAUAAAUCAUUUACUUCGAGGCAGUUGCUGCAUCAUCUGAAGACGGUGAAUUUCACCAACCAGUUUGAGGAGAAGGUAUAUUUUGACUCCAACGGGGAGCCAGUCCCUCUUUAUGACAUCCUAAACUGGCAGAAGGACAGCAAGGGUGAAAUUAGAUUUCUUAAAGUGGGAAGCUAUGAUGGUUCGGCUCCAUUGAGACAACAGUUGCAGAUGGAGCAGAGCACCAUUAUAUGGACAAAAGGACAGUCACAGGUGCCUGUAUCUGAGUGUAGCGCUCAAUGCUUCCCUGGCAGCAGACAGGCCAGACGUCCAGGAGAGCCCCACUGCUGCUUUGAUUGUUUACCCUGUGCAGAUGGAGAGAUCAGCAACCAGACUGGUUCCACCGAGUGCACAAAAUGUCCUGAGUACUACUGGUCAGACAAAGACAAGGUGAAAUGUGUCUCUGGGGUCGAUGAAUUCCUGUCUUUCUAUGACACCAUGGGCAUCAUCCUGGUUGCACUCACACUGCUGGGUGUCGUGCUGACAACCAUCAUCACUACCGUCUUUCACCGUUUCCGUUCCACACCGAUUGUCAAGGCCAACAACUCAGAAAUAAGUUUCCUGCUUCUACUGUCACUCAAGCUCUGCUUCUUGUGUUCCCUGGUGUUUAUUGGCCAGCCGUCUGUGUGGACAUGUAGGCUCCGCCAGGCAGCAUUCGGGAUCAGCUUUGUCCUCUGUCUGUCCUGCCUCCUCGUUAAGACCAUUGUGGUUCUCUUGGCCUUCCAGACUAAUGUACCUGGUACCAGGGGUCUGAAGCUGUUUGGUCCCUCUCAACAGAGGACUCUAAUCAUCUGCACCACAGCUCCUCAGGUUUGUCUCUGUGCUGGUUGGCUGCUAGGCGCGCCCCCCUUCCCAUUCAGGAACCCAGCUUACCAAGCCUCAACUGGAAAAAUUGUUGUGGAGUGUAAGGAGCCAUGGCCUCCUGGAUUUUACCUGGUCCUGGGCUACAUCGGCCUACUGGCCUUCCUCUGCCUCCUGCUGGCGUUCCUCGGACGCAAGCUACCUGAUACAUUCAAUGAGGCAAAGCUCAUUACCUUCAGCAUGCUUAUCUUCUGGGCCGUGUGGAUCUCUUUCAUCCCAGCUUAUGUCAGCUCCCCUGGGAAGUUCACUGUGGCUGUGGAAGUGUUUGCUAUAUUAGCCUCCAGUUCUGGACUGUUACUAUGUAUUUUUGUGCCCAAAUGUUACAUAAUUAUACUGCGGCCUGAGCGAAACAUUAAGAAAGGCAUGACUGGAAAAUAUCUUAGAUAAACCAAACAUUUAUGUAGUAGGUGGUCAUUGUAAGUUGCCAUCAAGCAAACAGAAGCACAUGCUUUUUAAUUGAAAAUUGUGAAAAUACACUUUGAUAGUUGAACAUUUGAAUGUGCUAAAUAAAAUGCCACAUGAAACAUGG